GCAAUAUUUUUGCAACACGGGAGAUUGGAAUUCUUUAUACAUAAGAUUAAGAGGGGGUGUCUUGUAGCUGUACAAAAGAAUGCAGAGCCAGAGAAAGAAUGGCUGCAAUGUUUUCUCUUAGAGAUGACGCUAACUUGAGGGAGUUUGUGCUGGAGAAUGUGGAGCACUUUGGACAGGAGAGAGUUCUAGGAACUGGCUCCUAUGGCUCUGUUCAAGAGGUGAUGAUCAAUGGUGAGGUGUAUGCAGCCAAGAAGAUCCACGAGGUUCUCCUGGAGACGGACGAGCGUGGUGGAGUGGCCAACAUAGCUGGGAACUACCACCGAGAGUGUCGACUCAUGGCUCACAUCCGUCACCCCAACAUCACCCAGUUCAUUGGGCUGUGUUUCGUGACUGGCUCUCGACUGCCCCUCCUGGUCAUGGAGAGGUUGGACUCAAGUCUGGACGAUCUCCUGGAGUCCACCCCCAACAUCCCCCUCUCUGUCUGCCAGUACAUUCUGAUCUGUGUGGCUCGAGGGCUGCUCCACCUGCAUCGUGAGUCCGUGAUCCAUCGUGACCUCACUGCCAGGAACGUCCUGCUGACGGUAUCUCUGAGAGCCAAGAUCACAGACUUUGGUAACUCUCGUAUCGUGAAUCUGGAGCCUGGUCAACUGGCCAGGACUCUGACGAGGUUUCCUGGGACACUGGUGUACAUGCCGCCCGAGGCCCUCUCUGACAGAGGCCACAGUGUGUACGGACCCAGUCUGGACGUCUUCUCUUUCGGAGUGCUACAAUUGUUUGCACUCACACAAGUGUUUCCAGGAGAUCUCCUUGCCCCCACGUACAGCGACCCCAACAACCCAAACCACCUCCUGGCCCGCUCAGAGUUUGAGCGUCGAGGUCCCUACACGGCUCUCCUUGAGAAGAGUCUGGCGGGUGGAUGUGAGCACCCUCUGUUUGGUCUGGUGAGGGAGUGUCUGGCCAACACUCCAGAGAGAAGACCGACCACCGCUGAGCUCCUCUCGUCUCUGGAGGAGGUGGGGAGGGAGAUGGACGGAGGACUGCUCCAGCUGGACAUUGCACGAGUGAAGACCCUCAGGGCAAAGGAGAAGAAUAUAGAGGCUCUACAAAGAGAGGUGGUCGAGAAGGACAGGAUACUGGAGAGGAAAGAUGAGCAAAUAACUGAGAAAGAUGCAAUGCACUUCUGGCACAAAAAUAUGAGGAAGUAGCGGACAAAGAUACUCAGCUUGCUAGACAGCAACAGUUAUUGAAUAGUGUCCGUGCUGAUGCUGCCACCAAAGAUGGUAUGAUUGCUGACAAGGACAGACAACUCAGUGAACUGGAGUCAACAAUCAUUUCCCAGAGAGAGGCUGCUCUAGUUGAGAGGGACGCUCUCUUACAGUCACACAGGGAACUGAUUGAGCACAAAGAUGCUGAGCUGGUCAGGAGAGACGCCAUCAUUCAACAGCAGAGACUGGGUCCCCCUCCCAGAGAGUUGAGACCUCCACUCACUCUGAAAUCAAGAAUAGGGAAAAAAAUG